AAAUGUGACCGUUUCACAACAAAACACCGUCUGCAACAAUCUGCACAGAAGCAUAGUUACUACCCGGCAAGAAUUCAGUGACAGAUUUCACCACAGGUUGUGAGCAUCAGUCAUGGGAUUCACCCGGAUCCCCUGGUGGGGUGUGUUCUUGAGUUUGGGUCUGAGGGCUCCGCCCAUCCAAGGUCAAUUGGACCACUCUGUGGUUCAUUUGCUCCAAGAUAAAGGGGACGUUCAUCUAAUGCCGGAAUCUCAAUAUGAAGGAUUUGAAAUAUUCUGCCACAAAGGAACUGCUCCGUCCUUGGCCCAGUUUUGGAGCUCAACCGUGCUUCGACUGCACAUCAACACCGACGAGUACACCUUGUUCACGGCUGACAAUGCGAGCAGUGUCCGUGAGCUCUACAGUGGACACUCUUGGCCUUAUGCUGCUCUCAACACCUUGCCAUGGAAAGUCAAAGACCUCAAGGUCAAUCCCUUCCAGCAAUCGUGCGUUGGAGUCCUGACCAAGGCCAACUAUCAGAUGAUUCUCCAGUUGUAUCGGGUCAACUAUUGGCAAGUGGUCAUGACCAUUGCUGGCAUCGCUUUAUUUGUCUACGCCCCCCGGCUUUGUCGGAAUGUCUUCUUCCAUUAUACGACUGGUAUUGGUGCUGGCAUUUUGCUCUCUCUAUUGGUCAUAACUUUUUUCAUACAAAGAAAAAUAAGAACCGGUUGGAUGGGUUGGAUCCUGGGCAUUUAUUCCCUGUCCAUCUAUUUCUUAACCACUUUGUGGUACAACUUCAAGACUUACCUCAUGGAGCAACAUCUUUUUGUGUUGGGCUAUUUUGUGAUUACUGGGAUUGCCAGUUUUGCCAUCUGUUAUCGAAUGGGCCCAGUGGAAAAUCCAAGGACACUGAACUUGAUCCAAUGGUGCCUCCAAGGGUUUGCCUUGAUGUUGAUCUACCUAUCCAGUUAUUAUCAAGCCGCCAGUCUCAGUUUGGCACUGGUUUUCUUGACUUGGGCUUCCAUUCCAGACAUCAUAAAAUCAAAGACCAGGUCAUGGUAUCGGAAGCGAUUUUUCCCACCAAAAGUUCGGCUCUUGAAGGAGUCUGAAUACAUGGAUCAAGCGAGAGUGGAAACCAAAAAAGCCUUAGAUGACUUGAGAGAAUUUUGUCGUUCCCCGGACUGUGAUGCCUGGAAAUUGACUCGCCGGUUAAAAUCACCAAAUCGCUUCGCCGAGUUUGUAGAGGGCUCUCCUCAUUUAACGGAAGACGAAGUGAUGGAUUAUUCUCAUGCCGAGUUUGACGAACUUAACGUAUCUUCUCUCACGGAUGAUGAGGAAGAUCUGGCUACAAUGAACCUGGCUGGUGCCAUGGAGACUGAUGAUGAAGGCUAGAAAUAGUUCAAUUUGUGCCAAAGAAUGUUCAAGAUUCUAAACAAAACGCAUAGUCCCGAUGAAUUGUGAUCAACCGAGAUCUCGUUAAACGUGGGACACAAUUGGUGUCCCUACAAAGAUAAAACUAAACUGAACAAGGGCAUAAUGUUUUCAUGGAACUAGCGUGAUUAACUGAUGCUCAAAACCCCUUUUUGAACGUACCAACAACUGCCAUAACUUAAAAUAUAUAGAUUUUGACUUUUA